AUGAGUGCAGCUCUGCAGGUGACAGCAUUUGGGCUCGCCCUUCUCUCGACAUUCUUCCUACUCCUGGCUACGUGCACAGACUGCUGGAUGGUCAACGCUGAUGACAGCCUGGAGGUGAGCAGAGCAAACACCUGGAAGGUGAGCAGAGUAGCCACCUUUAAGGUGAGCAGAGCAACCAUCAUCCUCAAGGUAAGUCACAAAUGCCGGGGCCUUUGGAGGGAGUGUGUCACCAACAUGCAGGAYGGGGUCAGGACCUGCGACCAGUAUGACUCCAUUCUGGCUGACCAUCCAGUGAAGAUCGUGGUGACACGGACCCUGAUGAUCACAGCAGAUCUCCUGGCUGGCCUGGCUUUGGCUGUGCUGAUCCUCGGGCUCGACUGCAUCACUUUCCUCAAGGAAGAYCCUUGUGUCAAGCUGAAGAUGUGCUAUGGAGCUGGAGUCAUACUUGGUGCUGGGAGCAUCCUGGGACUCAUAGGCUCCAUGUGGUAUGCAGUGGAUGUCUACGUGGAGAGGGCCAUGUUGGUGUCACACAAUAUAUUCCUGGGAGUCCACUACGACUUUGGGUGGUCGUGCUGGCUGGGGAUGGCUGGCUCCACUGGCUGCUUUGUGGCAUCUGUCCUGCUGACCUGCUGCCUCUAUGCCUGCACAGCCCCCAGCAGCCGCUGCCAGCCCCAGAGGCAUCUCCAGCCGCGGGGCCGAACAGCCACCAGCAAGAUGUACGCCAUGGAUUCCCGUGUGUGA